AUGAAGCCGUCGUACAUUGUCUCUGCCGCCGUCGUAUUGCUCAGCCGUCCUGCAGCUGCAGCGUGGCGCGCAGCGGGCGACAAGACAAUCCAGUACAGCUCAGUCCCUGGCUUCUUCUUGCAAGACGACAACUCGACAGACCCAAGCACGUUCGACUAUGCGUCCGUCAACUUUGGUCUGAUUAACCGCACAUAUCCCACCGACAAGCGAUUCGACCCCGAAGGAACUGCCACUCUGUGGGAGCGAUUCGAGUACUAUGUCGCCUCGUUGAACUCGGGAUGCCGACCCAAGGACAACGUCCGCUACAAGGUGCUUUUCAUGGGCCGUCACGGCGAGGGUUGGCAUAACGCAGCCGAGACGUUCUAUGGCACCCCUGCUUGGAACUGUUACUGGGCCGAGCAGAACGGAAAUGGCACCGCCGUCUGGGCAGACCCCCUCCUCACCCCGGCAGGCGAGGUCGAAGCCUACAAGGCCAACGCCUACUUCAAGGACCGAUACGAGACCCAAAACAUGCCCUACUUCGAGUCGUACUACUCCAGCCCCCUCAGCCGCUGCACCAUCACGGCCAACCUCACCUUUGGCGAUAUAGACGUUCCCGAGGACAGGCCCUUCGCCCCCAUCGUCAAGGAGGGCUUCCGCGAGGGCAUGACGGUGCACACGUGCAACUGGCGCUCUAACAAGACGUACAUUGAGGAAAUGUUCCCCUGGUACAAAUUCGAGGACGGCUUCACUGAAGAGGACGAGCUCUGGAAGUCCGACAAGAGCGAGACUAGCGAAGCCCAGGAUGCCCGCUCCAAGGCCGUCUUGGACGAUGUUUUCCGCACCGACGACAAGACUUGGAUUAGCAUCACCAGCCACUCGGGCCAGAUUGCUCGCCUCCUCACUGCACUCAAUCACCGAGCCUUCCGUCUGUCGACCGGCCAGAUUAUUCCUGUUCUCGUUAAGGCCAAGCUCGUUGAGCGUAAGCCCGACGCGACCUUUGACGCGUACGAGCCGUACUCGACUUGCGAUGCACCGCCUGUGACGAGCAUUUCGGGUCAGGGAUGUGUCUGCUCGGCUACUAGCUCGGGGCUCCCGACGGCGACGGCGACGGCGAUUUAA